AUGGCAGGAGUACCACCACCGCUGUUUCAAAGUACGUGGUAUAAGCCAGAGGUUCGUCGGUUAACUGCCAAGGAUGUUUCCAAAGCGGCAGAGACUUUGUUACAAGCAUUUGAGAGAGAUGCGUUAUCUAAUUUCCUAACGGUUCAUAUUCAAGAUUGGCGCGAGCGAAAACUUUGCGAGUUGUAUUUAUACGAAGCAUAUAUACAGCAACAUAUUGCCAAGGGGCUUGUUUUUGGUCAGGGGGAAACACCUUCCGGGUUUGAGACUAUUAGUAUUUGGUCGCAUCCCGAGAGUGAAGAGCAAGGCUUGAACUCCUUUAACAAUUUAAUGGAGGCCGGCUAUGGUAAAGUUUGGAAUAUGUUUGGGCCCGAGGGAAGAAAGAAGGUAUUUUAUGGUAUGUUGCCGUUAUUGCACGAUUCUUGUGAACGGAUUAUUAAUGGUGAUUUGAGAUUCAAAGGUAAAGGUGUUUACACAUUGGUUUAUGUAGGGUCUACUCCUGAUGCCAGGGGGAAAGGCAAUUUGAGAAAGUUGUUUGAUUUUAUGUUUGAAAACUACAUAGAUAAGAACCAAGGAAAUUUGACUUAUUUGGAAAGUUCUUCGAUUAAAAAUUUACCCAUUUAUGAAAAAUUCGGUUUUCAUCUUGUGGAAGAUAUAUACUUGGGUAACAAAUUUGAAGGUGCCGUUGAAGGAAAAGAUUACGUUGUAAUGAAUAUAAUGGUUAGGGGAAUCCAUGGACAUAAUUGGACCAAGGAUAAAAGUAAAUUAUGA